UUUGACAGUUUAUUUUUCUCAAAUAAACUCAAAAUAUAAAAUAUGACAACUACGUGUACUGGUUGUAUUGUAACUGUUUUUGAUCCAGUGGGUUACGGGCGGAAGAAAUGGAACCAAAGUGUUGGGUGCUACACGGAAGGAUUUACACAACGGACAAGAUGGACCACAAAAUGUGGAAAAAUGCAGGUUUUAUUUUUAUUUUUAAUUAAGUUAAUUUCAGCGUUAUUCUUCAUACAAACAACUGGAUUUAUAACCUUGUGAAGAAUAUUAUUUUCUCAUUAGUUAACAAAAGGCAACUUUACUGACAGAAACCGAGCAGGAAGGCAUUAUUUCUUUCUAGAAAGCAUCAUGUCGAAAAGUGAAAGUUUCCCAGUGGAUAUUAAAACAUCACCUCCUGAAGAAGAAGUGGGAUUAAAAGAUGAUAUUCCCCCGUGUGUUUUGGGGCAGAACAAAGCCUCCUCCUCCAGGGUUUUGACUCAGGAGCAGCUGGACACACUGAGCCAAGAAAAAGCUCUGGUGUCCGACUUCAAACUCAUGAAGUUGGAGAAAGAAGCUCAGAAAAACUGGGACUUGUUUUACAAAAGAAACACCACCAAUUUCUUCAAGGACAGACACUGGACCACCAGAGAGUUUGAGGAGCUCAAAGCAUGCAGAGAGUUUGAGUCUCAGAGGCUGGUGCUGCUGGAGGCCGGCUGCGGGGUCGGAAACUGCCUCUUCCCUCUGCUGGCGGACGACCUCAACAUCUUCGUGUAUGCCUGUGACUUCUCCCCACGAGCGGUGGAGUUUGUCAAACUAAACCCUCUGUACUGCCCCGAGCGCUGCUGUGCCUUCCAGUGCGACCUGACCAAAGACGACCUGAGGGGAGAUGUCCCCGAGGGCAGCGUGGACGUCGUCACUCUCAUCUUCGUCCUGUCAGCCGUCCACCCCGACAAGAUAAAGCUGGCUCUGCAGAACAUCAACAGGGUGCUGAAGCCCGGAGGCAUCGUGCUGUUCAGAGACUACGGUCUGAACGACCACGCCAUGCUCCGAUUCAAAGCCGGCAGCAAGCUGGGGGAGAACUUCUACGUCCGGCAAGACGGAACCAGGUCCUACUUCUUCUCUAAAGAGUUCCUGGCCGAGCUGUUUGCGGACGCCGGCCUCCUGUCCGUCUCCAACGACUACGUCCUGAGAGAGACUGUCAACAAGAAGGAGGGGCUGUGUGUCCCCAGAGUGUUCCUGCAGAGCAAAUUCACCAAGCCCGGCCAAUCACAGAUCUCCUGAUGCCCUGUGUGUGCGGCACCUCAGGAAUAAGACUGGUUGACUGGACUGUGUCGUUGACAUCGGCUGGUUUGAUCCUGGCUGGUUUGUGGCCUACAUGCUGCUGCUUUUGAAUCCUUCAGAUCAGGAGGGAGAUGCACCAGGUUAAGAAGAGUUAAUAAUGCCUUCUCCUGCUGCUACUCAACCUCUGUCUUUUGUUCCUUUGCCAAAAGUUCAGGACUCUUACAGGUGGAAAUAUGUGGAACUAAAGGGCACAAAGGAGCAUGAACGUUCAGCAAAGCCGUCAGCUGGAUGAAAAGUGAACGACAUGUAGAGAUUCAAAUCCAUUUCUACGCCUUUUAUCCAACUUGGAUUAGCCUUUAGGGGAAAUUACUCCUCCAAACUCAUGAGCAAAAAGCUGGUAUUCAUAUUGCUUUUUUCCCCCUUUUAUAUAUAAAGCUAUUGGAUCAUUUUGUAUGAGGUGAGUGCUUUUAAUUUUGUGUGAAUGAACUGAAAUGUUUUCGGGAUCUCCUCACACACGUCUUGAAUAUGCCCACAGUGUCACAUCCUGUUCACUGAUCCUGAACACGUUGUUUUGCAGACACACGUCAACAUCAUGACUGUUUCAUAAUGAACUUAUUUACAUCUUAUUUGGUUUCCAAGUGUCGAAAUCACGAGAUGAUUCUUACUUAAAAAUCCUUGAAAUAUAAAAGGAAAUAAAUGAUGUGGACUUU